AUGGCGAAAUACGGUACUGAUAAUCAUAAAUUGAAAUAUCUCAAGCAAUUACCGGAAAAAUUGAAAGAUCCUGCGCAAUUACCAUAUAGCGCAAGUUUUUUUUUACCGAUUCAUAGAGAAGCUCUAAACAUACAUUACAAGAAUGUAAAUUCAGCAGAUGAAAUGUUUGAUCCUCUUCCAGAAAACAUCCAAAUCGAUAAUGAUUUACUUGUGGGUAAUCUUACGAGAGAAGAACUGAUGUCAGCAGUACCUGGGAGUUCUAUUUUAAAAAAAUUAAAUAAUGAGACCGAAAUAUCACUUGCAAAGUAUCUUAAUGCAGUUAUUCUAAAUGAGCAACCAUCCGAUUCCGGUCGAAUUCGGGAGACAUUCACGGAUGCACUCGUCAACUAUCUUCUUGUGGUAUUAAAAUUAAACACACAUCCAUUUAUAUUGAUGUUGCAACCAGACUUUUACUUUAGGAUAUCCGACAAAAAAAAAGUAUCUGCCAAGGCUGAAUUUAGCGUAGUAAAGGAAAAUACGAUGAUUCUUAUAGAUGAGGAUAAACACAUACGCAGUUUGAGACGACCAACAGAAUAUGGAGAAUCACAGAUUUCUGCUGAAAUUCUCGCAUGUGCCUUUACCAAUUUUGACCGAGCUGACAGUCCUACAGUGGGAGAAAAUCAAAUGUGA